GUUCCGCUUCCGAGGUCGGAGGUUGGGCGGCGCUGAGGCACCGGGGCGGGCGGGCGAGGGAGCUAUCGAAGCGGCCACGAUGCUGAUCAAAGUGAAGACGCUCACUGGGAAAGAGAUAGAGAUUGAUAUCGAACCGACGGACAAGGUGGAAAGAAUAAAAGAGCGGGUGGAAGAAAAGGAAGGCAUCCCACCUCAGCAGCAGCGACUCAUCUACAGUGGCAAACAAAUGAAUGAUGAGAAAACAGCUGCCGACUACAAGAUCCAGGGCGGCUCCGUCCUUCACUUGGUCCUAGCCUUGCGUGGAGGCCUGUGAUGAUGGUGCCCCUAGCCCCACCAUACCACCCCCUUUUCCCCAAAGGCCCCGGAUGUGGGUGAGCCUCACCCCCCUC